CAGAAAUCAAAGAAAUAAAUCAAGAUACAUUGUACCUAUCGUUAAAAAAAUGAAGUUAUUGAUUGUUUUGUGUUGUGUUGUGAGUGUUAGCUGGGCCUUACCAGGGAUGUUCAACAGAAGAGAAUCAACACCAAACGUUGCAGAAGUCAUUCAAAAAACCAUUUCUACGGUGAAUAAGAGGAGAACAAUUGAAAAGAGAACGGAUGGGGUAGAAUUGGCUUUUGAGUGGAUUGACGCUGACAGCAAUGGUCAUAUCAAUGGCGACGAAUUUUCUACUUUUUAUGCUCCAAUUAAAAUAGAGGGCAAAUUUCACAGCAAAUCUACGUGGUUAACUAUGUUCAACCAAGCCAUGACAAUUAUUGACACUAACGGAAAUAACCAGUUGGAAAUAGGAGAAUUUAGAACUCUAUCAGAGAUUGGUGGUUUGUAAAAAUAAAGAAGAGGAUUGAAAUCGGUCUUCAAUUUUGCAGAUUUGGAAAUAAAUACAUCAGUGAUAACAUC